UGAUUUGCAGUAAACUUGACUUCAGACAACAUGGAUAGUAGUUGUGCGUCCAGGGGGAGGAUCACUGUGGACCGGCAGCGGAGCGGCUCGCGUCUCACCGCCUCUCUGGAGAACCUGGACUAAAGGGGACAGAACCUGGAUCCGGAUCUUUAGCGUCCCUCUGCAGCCCGGCAUGGAAGUUUUCCUGGACACGUGUGGACGGCGAAGAGUCAAGUCUCUGUUCUUACUUUACCUCUUCGUCGUGAAGGCAGCAGCUGACUGUCCUAAACCUCAGGGAAAGGUGAAUAUCGUCCUAACUGACGAAGCUCUUCUAAAGAAUGAUUUUCCAAAAGGUUCUGAAGUCACUUUGGAGUGUGCUAAUGGAUAUGUUAAAGAAAGUGGCUCUGGAGUUAUGAGCUGCAUUGAUGACAAAUGGGGCGAACCAGAUCUCAUCUGCCAAAAAAAGGACUGUGGUCCCCCUAAACCUCAGCCCAAUAUGAACUUUAACACCAGCGCUGGUACACGGUUUGGUGAUACUAUAAGAGUCACUUGUAAUAAAGGCUACAGACUCAGUGGAUCAAGCUACAAACAGUGCUAUGCAUCAGGGUGGACUGGAAGACCCAAGUGUCAAAUUGUAACAUGUCGUAAACCUGAUGAAGUGGCCAAUGGCAGACACUCAUGGGUUUCACAAGAAGUCCCAAAAUAUGGAGAAAGCAUCCAGUUCUUCUGUAACGAAGGAUACACCCUCGUUGGGAAAGACAGCAUUCUGUGCAGGGAAACUGGUGAAUACGACUCCCAGCUUCCUGCGUGUGAAGGUGCAAUAACAGAAGAUGCAUUUACAACAAAAACAGUUGCACCAACAUCUACACCUCCAGCACAAGAAGCAUCUACUGCUACAGAUUCUCCAACCACACCCUCACCUCACAGAGAUAAAUCUGUCACAACCAGUGCAACACCUACAGUCUCACCUUCAGUACGAGGUGGCAGUUUGACAGCUGAGGGUAAAGCUACUACACCCAGUGUAACGUCAGUGACUUCGUCUUCAUUUCAAGGAAAGCACGAUGAGACUGUAGAUACUAACAAGGAUAUUGGAUACAUGCCAGUUAUAGUCAGUGUGAUAUGCGUUGUAUUAGCUGUCUGUAUAAUAGCAAUCUUUAUACACAAGUAUCUUCUGAAGAGAAAAGGCUCAUAUGACACCAGAGAAGACCUGAAGCCGGAGUUAUUACAGUUCCAAAAUCUUUAGAUUGCCUGCCUGACUAAAGCGUUGCGAAUGGAACGUAUAUCUAAAAAGCAUCUGAGGCCCAGCAGGGACGUGCCAAAAGCUGUAGCAGUGCCUCUCUGAGUCCACGAGGAAGAAACACAGCUCACUUCAACACUUUAUUGCACUUCAAAUGGCAGAUUAUCAAAUCUGUAAAAGUUUCAUAAUUUAAAUCAGCAUCCACUGAAGAAAAAGCACUUUUUUGAUGAUUUUUUUUUUUUUACUGCCACAUUAUUUUAACUGUUGUAAAUAUUUCAUGCCACUAUAGUAUUGCUAUUUUGUACAUUAUUUAUGUUAUAAACUGGAAUAAACUCUUUAACAUUGCCUCA